UUGUUUCCCACUUUAUAUAUUUCUAAAACUCUUUCCAAAACGUAAUACAAUGUUAUCAAACAAACAUGGAUCAAACUUUGUUAGAUAAAAAAAUAAAAUACCAUUAAUUUGAAAAUACCAAAAUGCGUGAUGUCAUCGGGCCGCGACAAACCAUACGUUGAAAUCGCAUGCAACGCAUUUGUAAACACUACCUGAAAUGUCGCUUUUACUAACAUGUUUAGAUAUGUUACGUUCACCGGCUUCUUCCAGGACAAUGCUGCCUGUCUGCCGGUUCAUUCGAGGUUUUUCUCGGAGUCUUUUAGCACCGUCUGGGCCCGGUGUGGUUCUCAGCUGCAGCCGAAAAAGAGCCCUGAAGUCCGGGCAUCUCCUCUCCUGUCAGCCGGUGUUACCGGCAGACAUCAGAUCCAGAGAAUUCUCCUCUUCACUGAGGGUCAGAAGUGACGCAAUUGGAAAGAUCGAAUCAAAACAUUACCAGCUAGUUUACACAUGCAAGGUUUGCUCUACCAGGUCCACAAAGAGGAUAUCGAAGCUGGCCUAUCACAAAGGAGUUGUGAUCGUGACGUGUCCGGGGUGUGAGAACCAUCACAUCAUCGCUGACAACCUGCGCUGGUUCUCCGACCUGGAAGGCAAGAGGAACAUUGAGGAAAUCCUUGCUGCCAAAGGAGAGACUGUGAGGAGGGUGGAUGGGAGUUCUGCUUUUGAAAUCGUGGUGGAUGAAUCUGGGAAAGAAAGGUCACAAUGUGAAGACGACACAGAAAAAUCAGACCCAGAAAAACAACAAUAAUGAUACCUUUAUUCUAUACAUGUGUAUUGUGAGAUGUGUUAUAUUUUAUUCUAUAAUAAAAACUAAUGUUUUUUUGUA